AUGUAUCUAAUGAUAUUUAUGAUAGCUGCAUUGUGCACCACUUUUGUUCAUACAUAUAUAGAAGAACCAGGUCCAAGAUUUCCGCCAACCAAAGGAGAGAUCUGGCCAAGACCGUCCUAUCAAUUAAAGAGCAAUAGUUCUUUUACAAUUGAUCCACGGACUCUAAAUAUUAAGGCAAUAAAAUAUGAAUGUUCACUAAUAAGAAAUGCGAUAGUGUACUAUCUACACGUUAUUUCAGAAGGUGGCGUUUCAGAAGAAGAGAAACUUAAAGUACUUGAAAAUAAUUCGAAUACAUCAUCGUUGUAUGAUCCUGCUUCACUAGGAAUUUUUGAAACACUUGAAAUAAAGCUUGAUUCGCCAUGUACGGGAAACGAAUUUCCUUCAGACGAUAUGCUAGAAGAUUAUACAAUAGUUAUAUCUGAAGAUUUAAAACAACUAAAUUCAAGUUCAGUUUGGGGCAUUCUUAGAGGUUUGGAAUCCUUUUCCCAAAUGAUAUAUAUAGCAGAUCAUGGAUUAUCCCUUAAAAUUAACCAGACUAUUGUGGAAGAUAGCCCUAGAUUCUCACACCGUGGACUUCUUUUGGAUACAUCAAGACACUUCAUUCCUCUAAAAUCUCUUUUACUUACCAUUGAUGCAAUGGUUUAUAAUAAAUUAAACGUGUUCCAUUGGCAUAUAGUGGACGAUCAGAGCUUCCCGUAUGUUAGUAGAAAAUUUCCAGAACUAAGCGCAAAAGGAGCAUAUACACCCUACAAAACCUAUUCGUAUGCAGAUAUAAAGAUGGUUAUAGAAUAUGCCAGAUUAAAAGGAAUUAGAGUUAUUCCAGAAUUUGACACACCAGGACAUACAAGAUCUUGGGGUGUAGCUCAUCCGGAAAUACUAACCGCCUGUGAAAAAAAUUAUACAGGAAAAUACGGGCCCAUCGAUCCUACUAAAAAUGAAACUUAUGUGUUUUUGAAAAAUCUAUUUACGGAAAUAAGCGAAACUUUUGCUGACAGGUAUAUUCAUAUUGGUGGUGAUGAAGUAGAAUUCGAAUGUUGGAGUAGCAGUUCCAAAAUUAAUGAAUACAUGAUGGAAAAUAAUAUCGUUAGUUAUAAAGAAUUAGAAAGUUUGUAUAUUGGAAAGGUUAUUGAUAUGGUUAAAAAUUUAAAUUAUAAACCAAUUGUAUGGGAGGAAGUUUUUACAAAUGGCGUUAAGCUACCUGAUGACAUAGUAAUUCAAAUAUGGAAAGAUUUCUGGGAAAUAAAAAUGAUCGAAGUAACAAAAAGUAACCGAAGUGCAAUACUCUCGACCUGCUGGUAUCUGGAUAACAUCGGUAGUGGAGGAGACUGGCAAAAAUUCUAUGCCUGUGAACCUUAUUCUUUUACAGACGAUCCCAUAUUGCGAUCUUUUGUUAAGGGAGGUGAAGCCUGUAUGUGGGGAGAAGUCGUAAAUGAGUUUAAUGUAAUUUCAAGAGUGUGGCCAAGGGCUUCAGCUGUUGCCGAAAAACUUUGGUCACAACCGGAAUUCAAAGACGAUAUAGAUGAAAUAGCAAGAAGGUUGGAAGAACAUACAUGCAGAAUGAUCAGGAGAGGUAUUCCAGCUCAACCACCUAACGGACCUGGAUUUUGUUAUUGA